AGGAUCAUGUCUGCGAGUCAGGAUUCUCGAUCCAGAGACAAUGGCCCCAAUGGGAUGGAACCGGAAGACGUCAUUGAGAGUAACUGGAAUGAGAGUGUGGAUAGCUUCGAUGAUAUGAAUCUCUCAGAAUCCCUCCUCGGUGGUAUUUAUGCCUAUGGUUUUGAGAAGCCCUCUGCCAUCCAGCAGCGAGCUAUUCUUCCUUGUAUCAAGGGUUAUGAUGUGAUUGCUCAAACCCAGUCUGGGACUGAGAAAACAGCUACAUUUGCCAUAUCAAUUCUGCCACAGAUUGAAUUAGAUCUAAAGGCCACUCAGGCUUUGGUUCUGACACCCACUCGUGAAUUGGCUCAGCAGAUACAAAAGGUGGUUAUGGCACUGGGAGACUACAUGGGCACCUCUUGUCAUAUCUGUAUUGGGGGCACCAACAUGCAUGCUAAAAUGCAGAAGAUGCAAAUGGAAGCUCCCCAUGUCAUUGUGGGCACUCCUGGCUGGGUGUUUGAUAUGCUUAACCGGAGAUACCUGUCCCCCAAAUACAUCAAGAUGUUCGUACUGGAUGAAAUGUUAAGCCGUGGGUUCAAGGAUCAGAUCUAUGAUAUAUUCCAAAAGCUCAACAACAGCAAUACACAGAUAGUUUUGCUGUCUGCCACAAUGCCUUCUGAUGUCCUUGAGGUGACUAAGAAGGUCAUGAGAGACCCUAUUCGGAUUCUUGUCAAGAAGGAAGAGUUGACCCUGGAGGGUAUCUGCCAAUUCUGCAUCAGUGUGGAACGAGAGGAGUGGAAGCUCGACACAUUGUGUGACUUGUAUGAAACACUGACCAUCACACAGGCAGUAAUUUUUAUCAACACCAGAAGGAAGGCAGACUGGCUCACUGAGAAGAUAUAUGCCCAGGAUUUCAGCAUUUCUGCCAUGCAUGGGGAUAUGGACCAAAAGGAACGAGACAUGAUCAUGAGGGAAUUCUGGUCUGGCUCUAGCAGAGUAUUAAUUACCACUGACCUGUUGGUCAGAGUUAUUGAUGUGCAGGAGGUCUCCUUAGUCAUCAAUUAUGACCUUCCCACCAACAGGGAAACUACAUCUACAGAAUCAAUCAGUCGAGGUAGUUGGUUUGGCCAGAAAGGUGUGGCUAUUAACAUGGUGACAGAAGAUAAGAGGACUCUUGGAGACAUUGAGGUUUUCUACAACUCCUCCAUUGAAGAGAUGCCCCUCAAUAUUGCUGACCUCAUUUGA